AUGGCAACUGUUCAUUUUUUGCGCUCUUUGGGCAAUUCGACCUCAUUUAGAGGCAAUCCGAAGCUUAUGGUCGGCGCUCUCGCCCUGAUUGCCUUCUAUCUUCUCCGUCGGCACCGCUGGAAGCGCUAUUACCAAAUUCAUGAACAAUACGAAGCGAAAUGGAAGGCCGGGUCGCUAACCCCUGCAGAAGCGCAGCAGAUCAUCCACGUCGGACUCGGACGUGACUUGGUCUUCGCUCUAAAGAGGGCAAUAGGCUUUGCCUUGUUCAAGACGUAUGCUAUCCCUUCCAUUUCGAAACUCCUCUCGAGCACACAGGAACAUAGUACCCGAGAGAAGGUGUCCAAGAGGUACGCAGACACCGAAAUCCUCAUAGGGACCUGGCUCUCAUGUCCAGUCAACGGUUUCCUGGAUCCAUCCAAGUCAAGCAAUGAGAGAAACCCCGUCAAAGAUCCCAGAGUUGCUAUCGCCCUCGCCAGAACAAACUACCUUCAUUCUCGAUACAAGAUCUCAAACGAUGAAUAUCUCUACACCCUCUCCCUCUUCGUACUCGAGCCACCAAGAUGGGCAGACCGCUUUGGCUGGCGCUCACUUUCACCUAUGGAAAAAGACGCCUGGUACAUCUUUUGGAAAGACAUCGGGUUAAAAAUGAACAUCCGCGAUAUCCCUCCCAAUCGCCAAGCGAUGGAUGCAUGGAGCAGGGCAUACGAAGAAACCUACAUGCUUCCCUCCCUGACAAACCACAAAGUAGCCAGCGCCACCCUCGAGGAACUCAUCUACGCCGUACCCGCCUUUCUAGGCCUCAAUGCUCUCGUCAAACGCAUCAUAAUCUGCCUCCUCGAAGACCGCGUCCGCAUAGCGAUGAUGUACUCGCAACCUUCACUAUUCCUACGAACCCUCGUUCAGGGACUUAUGACGAGCUUGUGGAUUGUGCAGCGGUACUUUGGUGUUCCGCCGAGGAACGCACCGUGGGUCGUGGAUCCCAAACUCCCGGACGGGGAGGUGGUGUUUCGUCCUACAAUAUACAAGUCUGUUCCGUGGUACAAAGCCGAGCCGACUGGACCUGUCUCUCGGUUCAUCGAAUCCUUGAGAGUGACUCUGGGUCUCCAAGCCGUUAUGCCUGAUCCACGGUACAGGAGCUCCGGAUAUCGCAUAGAACAACUGGGACCAACACGCUAUGAAAAUGAUGGACACGACUUCGUUUUUCAAGAAGCCGCUCGAAUCUCGAAAUGCCCUAUCCCGUCUGCUUGGACACCGUGA